GCUCGGGAUUAAUCUUUAUCACACCGAUGUCAUACACCCUGACUCCAGCGUCAGCAGCAUGGUGUCAAGCUAAGCGAAGGGUUCAAGCUUAAGCGAACUUGGCGUCCAACAGGCACGUGACAAUUGGCGGGAAAGGUAUACGGCUCCACGUGAAAAUUGGCGGGAAAGGUAUACGGCUCUGGUGGAGAGAGGAAAGGGACUUGAAUUCUGGCGGUAGUGGGUUCAGAAAGGGAGGUUUUGUGGUGCGAUGGCGGGAAAAGGAUAUGAAUCCGGCUGAUAUGGCGGGAAAAGGAUUGAAAAUUCAAAUUGGGCGGCACGCGGGAGGUGAAGAGAAUUUCAAAGUGGUUGCGACAAGGAGGGGACUUGUUACAGUGGCAAGCCCUGGCAACGCUGCAGUCAAAGCUGGAGUCAGCGCAGCUAUGCGUUGACUGACAGCCGUAGUGCGGCAGCAUGUCGUGGUCUCAGCGCGCGCCACGUGUAACACGUUGAUGGAGAUGCCGAAGGUGGAGGAGAGAAGAGGACGGGAGGCUAAGGCGGAUUGACGGCAACGAAAAAGAAGACGGCGCGGAGGGAAGAAGAGGGGGGUGGUGGAUUGCUGCAGGUCCGCAAGAACGCUCGUUGACGACUGGUCGUCAUUCAUCAUCUAUUAUGGAUCUAUAAAUAGAACUUCUUGUAAGUGUUCGGCAGGCUCUCUGUCACCGGGCUGCCGGGCUAUCAACAGCCCGGUUGCGUGGUUUCUUACUUCCUCUUCUUUCGUUCCAACUUGAAUAAAGGUGAUCUGUCUGCUCAGUGCUCAGAUCAAGACCACUGCGGAGCUUGAACUACAAGAACCCCAUUACCAUCACAUUCAGUGACUCGACAUCAACUUUUCGCUGCAUCGAGAAAGCGUAUACACAAGAGAGAGAGAGAGAGAGAGAGAGAGAGAGAGAGAGAGAGAGAGAGAGAGAGAGAGAGAGAGAGCAUUGAAGCUUGAACAAACGAACCACAUUAUUAUCACAUUCAGAGACUCGACAACAGAUUCACUGAAGUACGAACGUAGAGAGAGAGAGAGAGAGAGAGAGAGAGAGAGAGAGAGAGAGAGAGAGAGAGAGAGAGAGAGAGAGAGAGAGAGAAAGAGAGAGAGAGAGGUAGGUGGUGAGCAAGCUGGCGAACGAAGAGAUGGCGGCAGCCGCAGCCGCGACCGCGACCGCGAUAGCGACACCUACCGUGAUGAUCGCUCCGUACGCGACGGAGAGUGACCCGGCCGUAUACGAGAGUCGGCCGCCACAUGCAAAAGCACCUUGGGAGAAGGAAGGGAAGGCAAAGCCAAGAGGAAGAAUGGCUCAGUCUGGGGAGCAGCGGGUUCAGCAUGCCCCGUACGCGACCUCCGUAGACUUGCCGGGGGGGGUAUCAAGCCCCACCAGAAGCGGUUCAAGCUCGCUUGCUCGGAUGGUCCCUCCAUGGGAAAGAGAAGAGAAGAGUAAGUAUGCGGUUCUACCAUCGAAGAUGAAGACGGCGGCGCCAUGGGAAAGAGAAGACGGCCGCACACGCUCCAAGCCAGGAAAGGGGUCUGAUAAUACCUGGGCUUGCUUGGCACCCUAUGCGACGGACCAACUGCCCAGUGUACGCCUUGUCAGCUCUCCAAAGAAACCAGCUGCCAGUAGGGGGCAGGUCUCUCAUGUCCUAAACCAGGGAUAAACCAGCUAGCACUACGGUAGUGGUUGGGGUCUACGAUGCUGUAUGCAGACCAGGAAUAAACCCGCACCUACCGG